AGAGAAGGGAAGCACGAGGACUGCAAAUCCCAGAAGGCCUUGGGCUUUCCGGCUGCCAGGCUGAUUGCCUUGUUAUCCAGAUCUUCGGAACACAAAGGCAGGUCUUGGGGGAAGGAGAGGAAGAGCAUGAAGCCAGAGUGAAACCCAUUUACAAAGAGCCCAGAACAGGACCAGAUACGGAAAAGAAAAAAACCCAGUGGGAAAGAGACAUUCAUCAUCCCAACCUGCUGAUCCUACUUGUGGGAAAUUCCAAUAUGUAGAUUCACCAUUGAGUCUCAGAACCCUAGAACUCAUGGACAUCCAAUGAAGCUGAAUGUUGGAAGGUUCAGGACAGGCAAAAGGAAGGACUUCUUCACGCAGCGCAGAGUUAAGCUAUGGAAGUCCCUCCCAGAGGAGGCAGUGAUGGCCACCGACUUGGACGGCUCUAAAAGAGGAUUAGACAAAUUCAUGGAGGAUAAAGGCUAUCAGUGGCUACUAUUAGCCGCAAUGAUCCCAUAAAGUGCAGAAUGUCGUCCUCGGUUAAAUCUGGAUUCCCCCCUCCUUCCGAGGGGAGAGGUGGAGGCACUCCAGUGAAGCCAGCUCAGGGGCCGUUGACCUUUGACGAUGUAGCUGUGUAUUUCACAGAAGGGCAGGCAGCCCUGCUGAGUCCCGUUCAAAGGGCCUUGUACAGGGAGGUCAUGCUGGAGAAUUAUGGAAACGUGGCCUUGAUGGUUUCCUUGUUCUUUCCUCUUUCCCGAGAUGGAUCUCCAGCCCCCAAGCCUGAACUCAUCUCCCGGCUGGAACGAGGGGAAGAUUUGUGGGUGCCUGAUUCUCAGGAUAUGGAUGAAACCAUGAUUUCUGACAAAGGCUUGGGUAACUCAGUGAAGAAGCAUUCAUGCUCAGAAUACAGGCAGCAUUUUACUCAAAAAACAACUCUUGCCAGACACCAGAGAAUUCAUGCAGGAGAAAAAUCCUACAACUCUUUGGAGUGUGGGAAGUGUUUUUCUCAACAGCCAGGACCUGUGAGCCAUCGGACAGUCCAUGUGGAGGAGAAACCAUAUACGUGCUGGGAGUGUGGGAAAUGCUUUGUUUACAAAUCAAAACUCAUCGUGCAUCAGAGAGCCCACACGGGGGAGAAACCCUACAUGUGCCAGCAGUGUGAGAAAUGCUUUGCUUACAAAUCAUGCCUUGUAAGUCAUCAGAGACUUCACACAGGAGAGAAACCGUAUGAAUGUUUGGAGUGCGGGAAAAGUUUUGCUCAACAAUCUGCUUUCGUGAUCCAUCAGAGAAGUCACACAGGGGAGAAACCGUACAAAUGCACAGAGUGUUGUAAAUGUUUUCCUCAACUCUCUGACCUGGUGAACCACCGGAGGGUGCACACAGGAGAGAAACCCUAUAAUUGCUUGGAGUGUGGAAAAUCUUUUGCCCAGUGCUCAGCCCUCGUGAUCCACCACAGGGUGCACAUUGGUGAGAAACCGUAUACGUGCUUACAGUGUGGGAAAGGUUUUCCACAGCAGUCGGAGCUUGUGAAACACUGGAGAAUCCACACAGGAGAGAAACCCUAUGCGUGCUUUGAGUGUGGGAAAUGUUUCCUUCAACAAGCACACCUCAGCGGACACCAGCGAAUCCACUCAGGCGAGAAACCUUACAGCUGCAGGGAAUGUGGGAAAUGUUUUGCCGACAAAUCAAACCUUAUGAAUCACUGGAGAACCCACACAGGAGAGAAGCCCUACAACUGCACUGAGUGUGGGAAAUGUUUUGGGCAGAAAUCCCACCUUGUGAGGCACCAGAGAGUCCACACGGGGGAGAAACCUUAUAACUGCUUGGAGUGUGGGAAAUGUUUUGCUCAGAAGUCAAAUCUUUUGAUGCAUCAGAGAGUCCAUUUGGGGUAGAACUUUUUUGUGAAAUAUGCUCUUCAUAUCUGAAGGGUCAUAUUUUCAACCUCAAAGAGGGGUUUUUGUCUACAUCAAUGAAUCAGUUUUGGGUUGUAACACAUACUAUGUUAGGCUAGAGGUUACCACGAUAUCCCUAUUCACAGGGUCGCCAUAAGUUGGGAUCAACUUGAAAGCAUUUCAUUUUCAGUUCAAGGUUCUUGUAUUAAUUUACAAAGCCCUUAACAACUUGGGUCCAGGACAUGCUAAGGAUUGCCUGAUUCCUUAUAUUCCUGCCGAAUCACUGAGUGCUUUGGAGCAGUCUCUAGUCCCCCAUGGCUCAGAUGCCUCGUAUCCAUCAGGAUGCCUCAUAUCCACCAGAAGCUGCGCAUUCAGAAUUGUGAACCUGACUCCGUGGAACUCCCCGCAGCUGAGAUCAGAUAGGCCCCCUCCUUGUUAAACUUCUAGCGCUUGACCUUCCUCUUUCUGCAGGCAUUUUAAGCAAUUUGUACUAUGACUAUGUUUUUUUCUUUAGUUUAAACAUAUUAUUUUGUUUUAUAGACUGAUAUGCAAACUGUUUUGUGACCAUCUGUGGUGAAAAGCAGCCUAUGAAUAUUGGAAAUAAAAUUAAAAAAUAAGCAUCCAA